AAAUAAGAUGAGAUUGGGUGUCGUCGCGAGCUGUGAUAAUGUGACAAUUAAUUACUAGUGUUAAGUGAUAACGCGUCAGUCCACAAAAUGAAUCCGACGGGAGUCGCCUUGUUGCUCUUAGUGCACACAGUCGCAAGUCUUGAAUUCCCUGCCGGCUUCAAGUUUGGAGUAGCGACUGCCUCUUACCAAGUAGAAGGAGCUUGGAAUGUCGGUGGGCGAACGCCGAGCAUCUGGGACGAGUUCUCGCACAAGCAGCCGCACCGCAUCUAUGACGGCAGCAGCGGCGACGUCGCCUGCGACAGCUACCACCUGUGGAAGAGGGACAUCGAGAUGAUGAAGGAGCUCGGCGUACAUUUCUACAGGUUCUCAAUAUCGUGGAACCGUCUGUUCCCGAACGGGUUCACGAACAAGGUGAGCGCAGACGGCGUGCGGUACUACAACACGCUGAUAGACGCCCUCAUCGCCAACGACAUCGAACCCGUCGUGACGCUCUUCCACUUCGACCUGCCGCAAAAGUUCCAAGACCUUGGUGGCUGGACCAACUCUAUGAUAUCUGACUGGUUUGCGGACUAUGCUCGCGCGUCAUACUCCCUCUUCGCCGACCGGGUUAAGACCUGGUUGACCAUCAACGAACCCCUGGUCGUCUGCGACGCGGUCUACCACACGGGGCUGUACGCGCCCGGAAUACUCAGCCCGGGGAUCGGCAGCUACAUGUGCAUCAAGAACCUCUUGGUCGCCCAUGCUAGGGCUUGGAGAAUAUACGAUGAGGAGUUUAAGCCUAAGUAUCAUGGUAGAGUGGCGAUCUGCAACCAUCAUCUGUGGUUCGAGCCGGCUGAUAGUUCAAUGCAGAAAGAAACUGAAUUGGCCAGACAGCUUCUGGUAGGUUUGUACGCUCAUCCCAUAUACUCUAAGACCGGGGGCUGGCCGCCCACAGUGGAGCAGUUAGUGGCCAAUAAAAGCCUGAGCGAGGGCUACAGAAAGUCCAGGCUGCCCGCCUUCACUCCGCAGGAGAUAGAAUUAAUUAAAGGGACCUACGACUUCUACGGUUUCAACUACUACACGUCGCGGCUGGUGGCGAAGCCCGCGCCGGGGGAGGAGAUCAAACCCUGGCCGCUGUUGGGUUGCACGGAAAUCAACGUGGUCCUCCGAGUGAAACCCGACUGGAUGCCGUCUUCUGCUUGGUGGCUUAAUGUAUAUCCCCCUGGUCUCCGUCGUCAGCUCAAGUGGUUCAAGGACCAGUAUGGCGACGUGGAGAUCCUGAUCACGGAGAACGGGUAUGCGGCGCUCGAGACCGGCUUCCAGGAUGAGGAGAGAGUGGACUACUAUAGACGGCAUCUGGACCAGCUUCUACUGUCGAUCAACGAUGACAAGGUCAACAUCACCGGCUACACCGCCUGGAGUCUCAUGGACAAUUACGAGUGGUACUGCGGAUACACCGCCAAGUUCGGUCUGUACGCGGUUGACUUCAACUCCCCGCAGCGCACGCGCACGCCGCGCCUCUCCGCACACUACUACAGGGCUGUCAUACAACACAACUCCCUCAACUUCACACACUACCACACGGCCCAAAGUCGAGCAGUCAUCUGUGAUACCAGCAUAUUGACUAUGAUUGUGACGAUCAGCUUAUGGAUUAUUAAUAGAGUAUGAGAUUAUUAGAAUGUAUUUGUUCCUUGGUAAUAUUAUAAAGAUAUGUCUGAUUA